AUGAUGGACGAACGCACACGCAUGCAAUUUAAGAAUUACCAUGCAGGUCGAGCAGGAGCAAGCAAGCAAAGAGAAGGACAAGGAGAGUACACUUUCUACCGAUCGAUCAAGAAACAAGCCGACCAUCUAUACAACUUGUGCGAGAAGCAUGAUGAGUCCCUCCAAGAUUACAUCAAAAGGUUAAAGGAAGAGAAAACCAACAUUGUGAGAUGCAAUGACCGAAUCACAUCCUCUGUCUUCAAGAAGGGUCUACCGAAUAACAUCCUCUGCCUUCAAGAAGGGUCUACCGAAUCACAUCAUCUUUGA